AUGUCUCCCUUAAACCAAACUGGUGUUAGCCACACUGUCUUCCACAUGCUGGGCAUCCCAGGGCUUGAGAGCCAACACAUGUGGAUUUCCAUCCCCUUCUUCAUAUCCUAUGUCACUGCCCUCCUUGGGAACAGCCUGCUCAUCUUCGUUAUCUUCUCAAGACGCAGCCUCCAUGAGCCCAUGUAUUUCUUCCUCUGCAUGCUGGCAGGAGCAGACAUUAUCCUCUCCACAUGCACGGUUCCACAGGCCUUGGCCAUAUUCUGGUUCAAGGCUACAGAGAUCUCCCUCAACUGCUGCAUCACUCAGCUCUUCUUCAUCCACUCCACCUUCAUCUCUGAGUCAGGAAUCUUGCUGGUGAUGGCCUUUGACCGCUACAUUGCCAUCUGCUACCCACUAAGAUACACCACCAUUCUGACACAUACACUGAUUGGGAAAGUUGGUAUAACUAUCUUUCUGAGAAGUUAUGGUACAAUUUUCCCCAUAAUAUUUCUUUUGAAAAGAUUAACUUUCUGCCAAAAUAAUAUCAUUCCACACACCUUUUGUGAACACAUUGGGUUGGCCAAAUAUGCUUGUAAUGACAUUAGAGUGAAUAUCUGGUAUGGAUUCUCCGUACUGAUGUCAACAGUGGUUCUAGAUGUCAUGCUAAUUUUUGUGUCUUACAUGUUGAUUCUUCGUGCUGUCUUCCGCAUCCCUUCCCAAGAGGCUCGUCACAAAGCUCUAAAUACUUGUGGUUCCCAUGUCUGCAUCAUUAUCCUCUUCUAUGGACCUGGAAUUUUUACAACUCUUACUCAGCGGUUUGGACGCCACAUUCCACCUCAUACCCACAUCUUAUUAGCUAAUGUCUGCAUUUUGGCCCCACCUAUGAUGAAUCCCAUCAUUUAUGGCAUCAAGACCAAGCAAAUUCAAGAGCAGGUGGUCCAAAUGUUGUUCCCAAAGCACAUCACUUUGGCAUAA